AGGAAAUGCAGUUAGUGUUUAACUUUUCGCCACCCAGAUGAGUAGACGAACCCCAUUGUUUUUAUUUCCAUAGAAUUCAUAGAUUUUUUUUUUAUUAAUGCUUUUAAAAACAAUGGUUAUAGAUGAUUUGUAAAUGCAUUUUUUUAUAGGAUUUCCGUUAUUUUCCUCUUUCUGGUGAAAAUAAGCAUUUUCUAUGACAACUUGGCAACCCCCAGCCUUGCGUCCCUUUCCGCCGCCCCUCUUCCGUGCGCCAUCUUGUCCCCACAACCCACGGUUAGCGUGCGUCUUCUAACACCACAGAGACUUGGUCAAAACGAUCCAAAAUCCAAUUCGAAUGAAUUAAGAGACGUCGGUCCGCCACUCGCGCAACUCGUUGAAGGCGUUGCCGUGAUAUUCGUUAAGGUCAACUAUCGUUUUCUUUCGUUUUGUAAUUUAAUGGCGUUGUGAAGGAACUGCCAUGGCGGUUAGUCAGCAGCAACAACAGCAGCAGGCCGUGAGCAAACCGGCCGGCGGGAAACACGGCAACGUUUUGCCGUUAUGGGGCAACGAGAAGACUAUGAACCUCAACCCGAUGAUCCUGACAAACGUCCUGUCUUCGCCCUACUUCAAGGUCCAGCUGUACGAGCUCAAAACGUACCACGAGGUGGUGGACGAAAUAUACUUCAAGGUCAAUCAUAUGGAGCCAUGGGAAAAAGGCAGCAGGAAGACUGCGGGGCAGACAGGAAUGUGCGGAGGGGUUCGAGGAGUCGGGACAGGUGGGAUUGUGUCCACUGCAUUUUGCUUGCUGUAUAAGCUAUUUACACUGAAACUGACCCGCAAACAAGUGAUGGGUCUCAUCACUCACACAGAUUCGCCCUAUAUCAGAUCACUGGGCUUCAUGUACAUCAGGUAUACUCAGCCUCCGCCUGACUUGGUUGAUUGGUAUGAUGAGUUCCUUGACGAUGAGGAGGAGUUGGACGUGAAGGCUGGAGGAGGGUGCGUAAUGACGAUUGGAGAGAUGCUCCGCUCUUUCCUGACCAAGCUGGAAUGGUUCUCAACGUUGUUUCCACGAAUACCUGUUCCUGUGCAGAAAGCAAUCGACCAGCACAUGAAGAACCGACCACGUAAACCCCCGCAAAAAGAUGAGCAGGAUGAAGAGACGGCAGCCGAUUCAGGAAGGCAUGGAGAUAGGCGCCGUUCCAGGACACCUAGGAAAAGUCAGAGUCCCGGGAGAUCCCAAAAUCGUUCCCGGAGUCGCAGCCAUCACAGAGAAAAGCAUGGCGCCAGCUUUGAUUGUGAGCUGGAGAGAGAACGAGACCGGCAGCGAAAAGAACGGGAGGGAAAGGACCGGGAUAGGGAUAGAGACAGGGAGCGGGACAGGGAGAGAGACAGAGAUAGACGACGCUCCAGAACACCAGACCGAACCACAGAACGUCGAUGCAGUCGCAGCAGGGAACCACGCCGGAGUCACAGCACCAGUCGAGAGAAGAGGAACGAGAGGAAAGACAGAGAUAAAGAGAGGGAGGCAGAGAGUGAGAGAGAGCGUAGUCGCAGGAAAGACAGAGAGCACCAUAAAGAGAGGGAGAGGUCAAAAGACAAGAGGAGUAAAGGAGAGGGGGAAGAGAGGAGGCACAAGGAAGAUAAGGAGGAUAGAAAGCACAGGGAAGAAAAGAGGAGCAAACGCUCAAGGAGCAAAAGCAGAGACCGGUAA